AUGGCCUCCAAGAUCAUCUCGUGCAGCAAUCCCGACUCGGGGUCGCUCCGCAUCCCUUCCCUCUUUGACUUUAUCGUCCAGAUGGCCCGGCGCUCCAACGUCCAGUACACCACCUUCCUCGGCAGCAUCGUCUACAUGAGGCGCAUGCGCGAGAAGCUCCCGAGCGACUGCUCCGGCCGCUACUCGGCCGCCCACCGCAUCUUCCUCGCCGCCCUGCUGCUGGCCUCCAAGUAUCUGUGCGAUAAUUCGUUCAAGAACAAGCACUGGGCCGAGUUCUCGGGCAUGUUCCUCCUUGGCGACGUCAAUCUCAUGGAGCGACAGAUGCUCCGACUGCUGGACUACGACCUGCACAUCAACAUCGACGAACUGAAUAACCUCGUCGACAGCUGCGCUCCCCUUGUGGUUGAGUCGCCCUGCUACAUUGUGGCCGAGGCUACCGCACAUUCCAAGAUCGAGUCGGUCUGCGACGAUCUGUCUCUGCCGGAGCUGCCUCCAUCAGCGCCACCGACAAUCCCGGCUCCGGCCAAGGCUCUGCAGACCGAGACUACGGACCAGUCGGGUUCUGUCAAGCCCCUCGCCGAGUGUCCAAGCAAGUCCUCGACCGAAUCGCUGGCACAGACGCUGCUCCCGGGCUCGCCAUGUUCCAUGCAGUCGCCUUCGCUGCCCCGCCCCGAGAGUGCCCCGCGGACUUGCUCCGGACUGCAGAACGAGCGCCUCACCCGCUCCGUAUCGCAGUACACUCUGCAUGGCCCCGAAUCUCGCUCCGACUCGGUGCCCGUCACCCCACGCACGCUCGCAGUCCAGUCCAAAUUUCCCGGCACCGAGCCAUACGCUCGGAAUCACCCGAUCGACGCCGCCGCCAUCGCCGCCGACUUCAAACCCGACUCGGCCACGAUCCGCCUGGCGCUGCAACCGUGUCUAUCGGACUGCAGCGCGUCUUCGUCGCUGGCCUCCACGCCGUGCAUGAUCUCGUCAACGCCGGUCCCUUCGUCGGCUACUCUCUCGAAGCGCCUGAGCACACUUGUCCACGAUGUCAUCACCAUCGACUCGUCCCUGGCCAAAAAUGCGCAUAUGUGCGACACCCGAAGGAUGAAGAUUCACUGAGCCUGUCGCCCGGUCCCUCUAAGGAUGGGUCUGCCUUUGCUCCUCUGCUCCCUACCCUGUCUCUCCUCCUCUUGUAUUUAGCGCUGCCACUCUUUCGAGCUCAUCCUUGUGCUCGGCCCCACAGAGGAGGGGCGGGCGGGAAGGGGGCAGAGACGCACUUUCUCUCCCUUCCGUCGGCGUUUUCUUCCCUCCUCCUCCUCUUCUAU